AUGAAACGUAAACAGUCUAUCGUUGAGGACAUUUUAGAUAAUGAUUCAGAAUAUGAUUUGCUCUUUCCUUCUUCAGAUUUCGAUUCCGAUACAAACGUUAGCUUAGGAGCAGAGCAAGUGCCAGACAACGAGGAAGAAUUACUAUCUGACAUUGAAUGGGAAGAAGUCCCACUAGGAAUAACCAAAAAGAAUAUACAGUUACCUAUUGUUGACUUACAACUCAUAAUUGAUAAAAAAAAUGAACAGAAAACAAACAAAAAAAAAUCAUCCAUUCUUUUUGAAAAGAGGAAGUUGUUUAUUGACUAUAAAAAAUUAACUUUUAGUAUAAACAUUAUUUUAAUUCCAUUUCUACUUCACACACUACUGCAAAGAGCUAACUGGACGAAAGAUGCUAGAUUGAAUAGAAGAUUGAAAAAAUCAGUACCUAAGUUAAUUCAACAAAAAUUCUUUAACUUCAAAUAUAAAAAGAUUAAGACCAAGAAGGAAGAAAACUUGUUAUCUACCCUUUUACUAGGUCUAGUACACUGGUUUCGAACACAUUAUAAAAUUAAUAGCAAUGGAUUCCGUCAACAUCCAAAUCGAUUACGAUACCUAUAUAGCAAGAAGUCAGGAUCCGACUAUGAUUAUGUUCUAAAUAACUCAACACACUUUUACGGUACUCGACCCACUAUUUCUUUAUGCAAUCCGUUAGAAGAUAUUAGGCAAAUGGCUAGAAACAAAAUGUCUAAUAGAGAUAUUUUAUUGUUAUUCUUUGUUGUUAUUUUACAAAAUCUAAUUAAUACUGAUAAUUAUGAAAUAUCAAUAUGUUUUGCCAUCCCCUUAAUAAAUUAUGAAUCAAUACGGACAAAUUCAAAACAAAAGAUGUUAUUUGAAGUCCCAAAUCGUUUUGAUUCUGACUUACUUUAUCCUUAUUUUUGGAUAGAAUUAAAUAAUUAUGGUAAAUUAAUUGUAGUAGAUCCGCUUGUCUUUUUGAAAGAUCAAGAAAUAGUUAAUAUAACAAACCCCGAUAUUCCGUUGAACUAUUUUGGAAACAAUUUUACCACUAGUCAAAUGUUUCUGUUUGUUUCUAGGAUAAAUUUGAAGACAUUCCAGAUUACAGAUAUUUCACCAAGAUACAUCAAAAAUUUGACAUAUCGAUAUUUCAAACACGUCCCAUAUCGUAAUAAAUUUCCAAACUCUUCUGACUAUAAAUUAUAUCAAUGGUAUUUGAAAUGUUUACAAAGAUUAAACCAAUCAAAUACUUCAUCCAAGAUGACUAUUAAUAAUCAAAAAUUUUGUUCGUUAUUAGCUUAUAGAAACUUUGAAUAUCCCAAGACAUUCAAAGAACUGAAAAAGUCUGAUAAUUUUGCCAUACCUUACAAUUUAAAAACUAAUGAGAUAAUUAAUCCAUGUGCAAAAUCCAUUGGUAUUUGUAAAAUAUCAAAAUCUGAGGUCCCAUUAUAUUGGAAGAGUGAUCUAUUGGAAUUGAAAAGUCGACAACAUUGGAGUAUUCUUGGAAGAACAAUAAAACCUGACAGUGUUGCAUUAAAAACUAAGAAAUAUAUACCAAUGAGAAAUAAACGACAUAGGAGAUAUAAAAAUGAAUAUGAAAUUAGAGAAUUAUAUUCUAUAGAUCAAACAGUACAAACACUGAAACUUUCUGAGUAUAAGGUUAAUAAAUAUGGAACAUUGGAAAGAAUUACAAGUGUUUUGGACUAUAAAAAUAAAUUUGGUAAUGUUGAUAUCUAUUUAGACUAUAUGAAACCUAAAGGAUUUUCUAUUUUACGUUUAAACGAUUAUAAGAUCAAAGUUAAAACUCUCCUAAAAAAAUAUAAUAAACACCAAAAUCAUCAACAAAAAAUAGAAUAUGUGGAUAUAGUUAGUGGAUUUAAUUUUAGGGAACAGCCUGGUUAUGCUAUUCCAGUGAUAAAUUCUAUUUUAUUGAAUAACUACGACUAUUCAAAAACUAUAAAAUUAAUUAAUAAUGAAAUAGAAAUCGAAUCAUUGAAGAGUUGGGAUCUUUUAUUAAAAAAAUUACAAAUAAAAAACAGAUUAAUAAAUACCUAUGAUAAAACAGAAGAAGUAUAA